AUGGCCCUGCACGGCUCAGCACCCCUCCGUCAGACUUCGCUAGGCGAGUUUCUUCGGAGCUUCCGUGGGCGCGCGGUCGAGCGUGGCAUCAAAGGGCCAUGUGAGAUCAUCAACGUCCUCGCCCGUGCAGCCUGGGACCUGCCUCUCCCCUUGCCGUGGCGUGAGGAGACCAGCAGCAAUGGAUCGAUCUACUUCUGGAAUGAAGUCGCGGGGACCGCAAUGUGGCAGCACCCGCUGAUGGAGGUCUUCUUGUCGGCGUUGGAGUCCAUGGUGGAGCUGGUUCGGGAAUCUACUUCCAUCACCGACGUCGUCGUGGCGCUGGCAGCCCAUUUGAAGCUCGGCCUUUGCGUUCUGAACUGUGAGAUUGGACAAGAGCGCUUGCAGAAGCCGAGUUCUGCAUGGGAGCAGCCUCGCCUAGACAGCCCACUCCCCCUGCUGUUGAGGUGUAUUCCGGCAAGGAUCCCCAUAUAG